UUUUUAACAUUACGUCAUUCUACGCAUUGCGUCGCGUGACCGGCUUCAUAGCUGUAGAAAUUACAAAUACACAAUCUGUGUUUAACUUUAAGGUUAAAUUCAAACUGGAAAAUAGUUCUAACUAGCAUGGGGGUGAAAGUGCACGUGGAGUACUGCGGCUCCUGAGGGUACGAGCCCCGCUAUCAGGAGCUGGCCAGGGUGGUGGUGGCCGAGUAUUCUGAUGCGGACGUCUCUGGCACAGUCGGGAGAUCAGGCAGCUUCGAAAUAGAAAUUAACGGGCAGCUUGUGUUCUCUAAGCUGGAGACCAGCGGAUUCCCAUACGAGGACGAUAUCAUGGAAGCCAUUCAGAGAGCUCACAACGGGGAGCAGGUUGAGAAAAUCACCAACAGCCGUCCUCCUUGUGUCAUCCUGUAACUGGGUUGACUCCCCAGGGCUGCAGUGUGAACACACCAGCCUCCUCCAGACUCACUGCAGGGCAGGCCACAGGUUCAACUGAUUCAUCAUCAUCAUGGAUUACCUAGGGGCUGCAAACAUUUCAGUCCACUCUGUGCCUGUUUGUGCUUCAAUUCUGUAUUUGUCGUCUUUGCUACUCCCGGGUAAUCCGGACAGGUGAACCAAUUAGAAACGAGAGCCGGCUUGCCGCUCAGUUCUCCUGUAGGGAGGCAUAGUGAUGGACGGCUUGGCCCUCGUGCUGAGGCUCUAUGCAAACAGGGAUGCUACUUUCUGAACCAGACCUGCGAUAAAUGGAGUUAUAAAUAUGGUUUGUGAAAAGUAACUAUUUGAAAAUAAUUAAAUACAUAUUGCAUAAAGUAACUAUUUGAAUUCAAUACAAAUUGUAAAUCAUUGAAAAUAAUUAAAUACAGAUUGCAGAAAGUAACUUUGAAAAUAUUUAAAUAUGGUUUGUGGAAAGCAAUUAUUAUUUAGCAUUGUUUAGCAUUUUCUGCAUUAGAAAUCGUUGGUACAUAAUUAUACAUUUAGGGGUAAUAAUUAGGUUUUAGUUUUUGAUUAUUCAAUUAGAUUUUUGACUAUUUGGGAAUAGUUGAAGAUAUGUUUUUUCAAAUAACUUACAUAUUUUUAAAUAUUUUCAAAUAGUAUUUUUCUUCUGCACAUUUUAAAAAAAUAUUUUCAAAUUAUAUUCGACUGUGCAAUUAACAUUUGAAUAUUUAAAAACAAAAUUGAUUUAUUUGAGCAUAUAUAUUUAAAUAUUAACUAUUUGAAAUAGUUGGUGUUUACAAAUAAAAUAUCAAAUACAACUGUAUUUGUCCCAGGUCUGAGUACAGGAGCAAAAAGUUACAUUUUGAAAAUGUAUAGCAAAAAGAAAUGUAAACCCAAACCAGAAUUGCCUGUUGCUUGAUAUUUAGAUCAUUUCUGUAGCACUGUUAACUAUAUUCUGUUAGAAAUAAAACCAUAUGCAAAAAUCCAGCCAUAAACAAGUCACAGAUACGCUAAUUCUGUAAUAGCGAGGAAGGGGUGAUUAUUACAUGGUAAACAGAUUGCUAGCAUCUCUGCUGAUAUUAAAUCAUUUGAUCAUGUGUCUUUUGAUGCAGUAUUAGGUUUGACCACUGGAGGGCAGCCAAGUCCUCAAGGUGCUUUGUGAUUGGAGGAGGGAGUGUUUGUGAACCUUGCAGUUUCUAAGGCUGGAGCGCUGGUCCCAGCAAACCCCUGGCCCAUUUCACCGGAGGGAGCGAGCUCUUUAUGACUAUUUUAACUGAAAACCACAAAGUUGAAAUAUGAGACCGUGGAUCUGGCUCUCCGUAACCUGAAACAGGCCAGGGGUUUGUGAAGCGGGCCUGCUCUGAACAUUUUCAAGUCGGUGUGAAUUAUUACUGUAUCUGCAACCUAAUUUAAUCCAUAUGAGUCAAGUCAUCAUAGCCACAGUGCAUAAUGUGUACAGAUUCAGCAGUGACAAACACUGGCUGUUUCUGGAUGCUCUUAGACUGCGUGCCUCAUAAGGGGUAAACGGGGAGCCCUGUGGGAUGGGUUUUAUAUGGAUAUCCUAAUCUAGAGGUGUACAUUUUUUUUUUUUUUUUUUAAUGUUUCAAACAUUUUGAUUAAACAUUUCUGUUAUAAAAUGUGUUUGUGUCCCUCACUAUAACGAGCG